GAUAGCCAUAAAUGUCCAAUUAAAACGAAUACUCGUCACUCAUCGAGUAAUUACGAUCCAAGAUCAAAGACUCAACUUAAAUCUCGUGAAGAUGAUGGAGCCAACCAGGAUGAGAAACUUAUUAAUCUUCGAACAUUUAGACCUGAUCAAAGUAACAACGUAGAAGAUCAAGUAUUUGAUGAUUUAAUUGAGUCGAAUAAAGAAAAAAAUAAAUGUAACACUCGAAAAAGAAAAUCUUUAGAAUUAGAAUUUAAAAAGCAGAAGUUUUUCGAAGAUCAAGGUAACGACUCAUUACUAAAGAGAUUACUGAGAUCUUCAAGAGAGAACUGGAAUGCAGGGUGUGAGAAGUUUGUGAAAAAUAUUCAAAAGAGUCCACGUGAAUUGAGAAAUGAAUUUUCUAUAAGUGAGAGCAGUGGAAAUAUUAAGCAGAACUUGGAAUAUUCUCCAGUACCACCCUUGAGAACUAAAAGAUCACGAGGACGAGUCUCUUCACCGUUGAAUGAACAAAGAAAAGCAACAACUAUAAGCAAUAGCAAAGUAGAUAUAACACAAGCUAAAGACAGGGUUUCGUCGAUCGGUACAAGUUGCUUGUCUAAUCUCCCGAGAGAUCCAUCUUCAUGGGAGAGCAUCCAACAAGAUUCCCUUGGGUGUGAAGACUGUUUGAGCUCGUAUAUUCAAGCGUCAAAAGGAAAAAACGAACGCCGAUCAAGUUCGCCAAGCGUGUCCGUUGAGGAUGUUUAUAAACUAAUCAAAUCUAAAGACAAUUUCCGUUCGAUUGAUGAAAAAAAAUCAACUUUAGACUCCUGGCCCAAGCAUCAAUCAUUAAUAAAACGACGUCAACGUCCCAUAAGUUCAGUAGGAAAUUUUCCUAACGGUAAUUUACCUAAAAUCAAAGUAUUUAGACGUUCUAAAAGCUUUUGCUCAAUUUAUGAAGAUGAACGCAGUGAUUUACUGGACUUGGAAAAUGAUUUAAGGACAUACAAACGUCCAGGUCAUAGUCGAACAAGUUUAGAUUUGCCAUCAAAACUUGGUGAAAGUUUUGUUAAUUGUUCAAAAUUUUCAACGAGAAAGAAGCUAAAAAAUUCUCCACCACCAGAAGACAUAAACGCUAACUUUUCAGGGUCAUUUAAUACACUUGAUAAUCACCAUAGGUCACGCGAUAAAGUCGUGUUGCCUCACGAAUUGCGUUCGAAUCACUGGUUUAAUUCUAAAACUGAUCCAUUGUCGUUAAUAUCAAACACGCACGACUGUUUCAGAAACACUCGUGAUACGACUGUGACAGUUAGUGAGCUUGUAAAUUAUGUAAAUACUCAAGAAGUUAGUCUAAAAGAUGAGUUAAAUACGUGUGCAAUUAAAACAUCUGUUGAUAAGUGCUAUGUAGUUGGAGAAGCGGAAGAAGUUAAAGAUACUAAAGUGUUACUGAAAAAGAAUGUAAUAAAACAAAGUCAAGGAAAGAUUGAAAAGAAAGAUUUUCUUGAUGGUCCGUGCGUUAAUUCGUCGUUUGUUGAAGCAGAACGGCAGGUGAUCUAUUCUGAGAAAAGUAAUCCAAGUAAUUAUUGCCUCAACGACGUGGACAAAGAUCCAACUUGUUGGUCAUUGGUGCGCAAGUGUUCUUUGGACCCUGUGGGAUUAACUAGUGAAAGUGAUUUAACAGUGAGUGAACACUUACUUUCUGUCCAGAAAAAUGAAAGUCGGGUGGAAAUAAAGGGUAAAAAUGAACGACGAUUAAAUCCAAAACGAUCACAGCAGCAGUUUCGUAAGAAACGUUUAGAAUUUUUGCAAAAGAAACAAGGAGUUUCUUAUCGUCCAAGUGGUGCUGAUCAAUCAGAUAUGAAGAUUUGUGUGAAAAUGAUGCGUAUACGGGAAAAAUUGAUAUUUUUCUUCAGUGCUUUUGCUAUACUGUUUACAUUCUUGCUUGUGAUGGACUUACAAAUGGACUUGGGUUAUAGUGGUCAUCAUUUAGUUCCUAGUCAUGGGAGAGUUAGAAUAGGCGACGAUCCAGGUCGCGAUUCAGUGUACAAUAAUUUUCAUCGUAAGUUUCUACAGAGGGUAAAUGCAAGCAAGGAAUUAACGGCGAGUGACAAUUCCGGUGCAAGUCCAAAUUCACGGGAUACUAAUGCCGCAACAAAUGGUGUUACUAGUGUUAGUAAAGGUGAAAUAGUAGAGGUACAUGAUAACUUUGCAGACCUUAAUGAUAUUGUGGUGAAUGGUGAUAGGGUUGACAUUGAUAAUGAUGUUAUUAGAAACAGUGAUGAAGAUUAUCUUGAUAAUCCAACCAUUGCUGAAAUCAAGGGCAUCACAUUCCGAGAUAACAUGACAACACUGCAGAAAUUCCAUCUACAAAUAUCAAGAUCAGAACUUUAUCCAAAAGACUCACCGAUUGUUAAUCAAUUACUUGACGAAAUGGCAACGAAGCCAAUCCUUCAUGUGUCUCAAAAGGAAGGAGGAACCCAGUUGAAACUGGUGAUAGACUACCCAGACGAGUUGCAAGCAUUAUUUAAGCCUAUGAGGUUUCCAAGAGAGCAACAAACUCUGCCGAAUCAUUUUUAUUUCACGGACUUUGAGAGACAUGUUGCUGAGAUUGCAACGUUUCAUUUAGACAAGCUCUUGGAUUUUCGACGAGCAAUGCCAGUGACUGGACGAACAUUGAAUAUGACAUCAGAGAUAUAUCAGUUAGCUGAAGGUGAUUUACUCAAGACAUUUUUCGUCAGUCCUGUUGGAAAUACGUGCUUCCAUGGUCGAUGUAGUUAUUAUUGCGAUACUAGUCAUGCAAUUUGUGGCAAUCCUAAUACAUUAGAGGGAAGUUUCGCUGCAUUUUUACCAAAGAAAGAACUUACUGGAAGAAAAAUAUGGCGACAUCCUUGGAGACGAAGUUAUCACAAGCGAAAAAAAGCCCAAUGGGAGACUGAUUCGGAUUACUGCAAUCAAAUAAAAAAAAUUCCGCCCUACAAUGAAGGCCGAAGACUUCUAGAUAUAAUAGAUAUGGCAGUUUUAGAUUUUUUAACUGGAAACAUGGACCGACAUCACUAUGAAACCUUUAAAAUAUUUGGAAAUGACACAUUCACUCUACAUCUAGAUCAUGGACGUGGAUUUGGAAGACCUUUCCAUGACGAAAAAUCAAUUCUCGCACCACUACUUCAAUGUUGCAUGAUACGACGGAGUACUCUUAAAACUCUCUUGUCGUAUCACAACAGUCCUCAACGCCUCAGUGCCGUGAUGCGUCAGAGCAUGGCAAAGGACCCCGUAGCGCCUGUCUUGUGGGAGCCUCACCUGACUGCACUUGAUAGACGUGUCGGUCUUGUUCUCCAAGCCAUUCGAGAAUGUUUGAAUCGAAGCAUUCACUAUGAACAAGUGAUUCAAGAGCAAGAAGAGAUAAGUGGAGAACAAAGAUAAAAAAUAUGUGAUCAACUAUUAAUGAGAGGAAAAAUAUAGAUGAAAUAUUGGACAUCUAUUUCUGUUGACAAUUUUUUCAUUGAUGAAAAUCAUUGAAAAAAUGGAGAAAAUAGUAUAAAAGGUGAAAUAUUAAUUUCAAUCAAAAAUUUAUGUCAAUGAUAUUUUAAAUUAUUUAAAAAUUGAAUCAAUUAUGAAUUAUAUUAGUACAUGUUAAUUAUUUGGAAUUAUGUAUAGGUUGACCCGUUUACCUCUAGCAGUACAGUCUUUUGUCUUGUAAUAGAUCGUUCCAAGUCUGAUUAAAAUGUUAGACAGUGCAAGACUUAGCAGAUUUCAGUUGAUCUAUCAGCAUAAAAAAUUGCUCUUCUGCAGAAGUUCAUAAAAAGUUCUAAAAAAAUAUGAAAUCUUUUUUAAAUGCAAAUUUAAAAUUCUCAUAUUAAUUACAUGAACUCUUUAUAUAACUGCUUACAUUUGUCUUUGUUUUACAUUUUUUUUUAUUUCAAUUUUUACAUCAAUAUUUAACUACAUUUUUAACUCAUUUUCAACUCUCAAUAAUUUAAUCUAAAAAUAGAACAAUUUUCCAACAUCAAGAAGAUUGGUUCAUUAAAAAUAUCCAAUAGAAAAAUUUUUUACAUUUUAUAAUUUUUUUCUCACAAGUUUUUCCUCUCAAUGUAUGCAUCACUGCAUACAACACUGGUGUGAUAUAGGGGUUUAAUUAAAUGGUUUGUGAGAAACCCAUACAAAUUAUUUGAUAAUUCGUCAGCAGAGUAUUAAAUAUAUAAUUAAUGUUCUUCAAUGAGAUGCUACUUAAUGACGUUUUAUCGAUUUAAUAACGAUAUUCUUGUAAUUAUUUGUAAAUUAUGUAUAAAAAGAAUCCUUUUUCCAUGAGCUGUUGAAUAUAAACAACGGAUGUAUAUUUUUUUCUUACAUAAAAUAAGAUAUGUAAAAAAUGUUG